AUGGGGUUGCUUUCGCUCAAGCGGCUCAUGUCCACGCAGCGGGAGCAGAAGCGGCGGCGGCGGCAGGUCCAAGCCCGUAGAUGUGUUGCUGAUGGAUCGAUUGCUUCGUUGGUUAAACACAAGGGCCCACCCUACCAACAACAAAACCAAGGUGUCAAAAUAAUGAGAAAUUCAUGCCCAUCCCUUCCAGAGGAUAUCUGGUAUCUCAUACAUUCCUUAUUGCCACUGCAAGAUGCUGCCCGUACUGCCUGCGUGUCUCACACAUUUCUACGUUCCUGGAGAUGUUAUCCUAACCUCAUCUUCGAUAUGGAAACAAUUGGGCUGAUGAGAGGCAAUUCAUUGAAAAAGCGUAAAGUAAGAUUGAGCGUAAUUGACCACAUUAUGAAAAACCAUUCAGGCAUUGGCUUGAGGACAUUCAUGGUAGAAACUUAUCGCUGGGUGAACACCUCUUAUAUCGACCGUUGGCUCCAGAUUGCUAUUACACCAGCAAUUGAAGAACUCACCCUUACAUUGUAUUCAAAAGGAGAUAAUUUGAAGUACUACAGCUUCCCCUUUUCCCUUUUAUCCAGCAGGGGUGGAAAUUCGAUUAAGCAUCUGAAUCUCAGCCAAUGUGCUUUCCAUCCUACUGCUGGACUUAAUUGCUUGAUUAGUCUACAUCUGUGGGAUGUGUGUGUUACUGGGGACGAGUUAGGGUGCCUUCUUUCCAGUUCUUCUUCUUUGGAGCAGCUAGAACUCGGAUACUGCAAAGACCUCAAUUACCUCAAGAUACCUUGCCUGCUAGAGCGGCUCAACGACCUGGAAGUGUAUCAAUGCAAAGACUUGCAAAUGAUGGAAGUUAAAGCUCCAAAUCUUUCACACUUCCGUUAUGUGGGCGAUAUGGCACGGCUAUCAGAUGGAGGUAUAAUUGCAGUGAAGAACCUAGACAUAUCAUUCUAUAUUCAGCAUAAUGCUAUUCAUUAUGUCUGUGCCAAGCUUCCGUCCAUUCUGCCAACUACCGAAACUCUCACAAUAAAAUCACUUCGUGAGGAGAUCAAUACACCAGUUGCACAUUUCAGAUUCCUUCACCUCAAGUGCUUGACGAUUUAUCUUAACUAUUUCUGGGAGGCCCUUUCCCCAUAUGAUUGUCUUUCUCUAGCUUAUUUUCUUGACGCAUGUCCGGUCUUGGAGACUUUCAAUUUGACUGUGUGGCAGCAUGGCAGGAUUCAUGACGUGAUUUCUGAAGAUUACUCGCGUUUGAGGCAGAUGCCAGGAGUCCGCCAUGACAAAAUCAGGAAUGUGGAGAUCAUUGGCUUUUUUUCUGCAAAGAGCAUGGUCGAGCUAGCUUGUCAUAUUCUUAAGAAUGCAACAUCACUUGAAUGCCUUACACUAGACACAAUAAAUGAUGGAUAUAAAAAUCCUGAUAGGCUAUCUGUUCACAAAAUUGGUUGUUGCAGUCCCAUAGAUGAGGAUUUGAUCAUGGAAGCCAAAAAUGCGCUCUUUGCUAUCAGAAGAUACAUUGUGGGGAAAGUUCCCUCAACAGUUAAGCUAGAUGUUCUGAAGCCCUGCAGCUGGUGCCACACUGGCCGGUGA